AUGGCCGCCAAGAAGAAGAUUGCCAUCAUGACCUCGGGAGGUGACUCCCCAGGCAUGAACGGCGUCGUGCGAGCCGUUGUCCGAACGGCACUUCACAUGGGCUGCGAUCCCUACUGCGUCUACGAUGGAUACGAGGGCUUGGUCCAGGGCGGCGACCAGAUCCGUAAAGCGGCCUGGGGAGAUGUGCGCAACUAUCUCGGACAAGGCGGUACCCUGAUUGGAACCCGCCGCUGCAUGGCUUUCUACGAGCGCGCCGGCCGAUUGACUGCUGCGAAGAACAUGAUCCUGAACGGCAUUGAUGCCCUGAUCAUCUGCGGUGGUGACGGUUCUCUGACUGGUGCCGACAAGUUCCGCGCCGAAUGGCCCUCUUUGGUGGAGGAGCUCAUCUCGACCGGCCAGCUCAAGAAGGAGCAGGUCGAGCCUUACAAGCACCUCAACAUCGUUGGUCUCGUCGGCUCCAUUGACAACGACAUGUCCGGCACCGAUGCCACCAUUGGUUGCUACUCCGCCCUCGAGCGUAUCUGCGAGAUGGUCGACUACAUUGAGGCCACCGCCUCCUCGCACUCCAGAGCUUUCGUUAUCGAGGUCAUGGGCCGUCACUGUGGCUGGCUGGCUCUGAUGGCUGGUGUUGCGACGGGUGCUGACUUUAUUUUCAUUCCCGAGAAGCCUAGAGAGGAGAACUGGGAGGAAGACAUGUGCGAUAUUGUCAAGAGGCACCGAAGCUUCGGAAAGCGCAAGACUAUCGUCAUCAUCGCCGAGGGUGCCAAGGACAGCAAUGGUAAGAAGAUCACGGCCGAGAUGGUCAAGGAUCUUCUCGCAGACAAGAACGGACUCGCUCUGGAUACCCGCGUCACGACACUUGGUCACGUCCAGCGUGGAGGUACUGCUGUGGCGUACGACAGAAUGCUGGCAACGCUGCAAGGUGUGGAGGCCGUCAAGGCUGUCCUCGAAGCCACCCCCGAGACCGAGACUUGCUUCAUCGCCAUCACCGAAAACCAGAUUGUUCGGAGACCCCUUAUGCAAGCUGUUCUCGACACCAAGACAGUCGCAAAGGCUGUCGAAGACAAGGACUUUGACAAGGCAAUGUCUCUGCGCGACGCCGAGUUCUCUGAAAUGUUCAGCUCUUACAAUUUGACUACCAACGUCAGAGUAGACGACCAUCAUCUUCCUGAGAAGCAGAGAAUGAAGAUCGGCUUCAUCAACGUCGGCGCGCCAGCUGGUGGUAUGAACGCUGCUGUUCGCGCUGGUGUUGCCUAUUGCCUUUCCCGCGGCCAUGAGCCGGUCGCGAUUCACAACGGUUUUGCCGGUUUUGCGAGACAUCACGGCGAUAAGCCCAUCGGUGCGGUACGCCCGUUCGACUGGCUUGACGUAGACAGCUGGGCCAGCAGGGGAGGUUCUGAGAUAGGAACGAACCGAGAGCUUCCCUCCGAGUCCGGAAUGGAGCUCAUCGCCAAUCUCAUCGAGAAGUAUGAGUUCGACGCUCUCUUCCUUGUCGGUGGUUUUGAGGCCUACCACGCAGUGUCGCAAUUGCGCAAGGCCAGGUCACUGUACCCCUCCCUUUGCAUUCCCAUGGUCCUCCUGCCGGCCACUAUCUCGAACAACGUUCCUGGCUCCGAGUACUCCCUGGGAUCCGAUACUUGCCUGAACGAGUUGGUUCAAUAUUGCGACAAGAUUAAGCAAUCUGCUUCUGCGACCCGUCGUCGCGUCUUCGUUGUCGAGACUCAGGGUGGCAGGUCCGGUUACAUCGCCACGCUCGCUGGCCUUAGUGUCGGGGCGAGCGCCGUCUAUACGCCAGAGGAGGGUAUGGACCUUGAGAUGCUGGCCGCAGACGUUCGCCACCUCCGUGAGGUAUUCGCUAAGGACAAGGGCCAGUCAUCCUCUGGUCGUCUGAUUCUCAUCAACGAAAAGGCCGAUGACGUUUUCAACGCCAAGCUCAUCGCCGACAUCAUUCGCAAAGAGGCGCGCGGCCGAUUCGAGUCCCGCGACAGCAUCCCCGGACACGUCCAACAGGGCGGCGUCCCCUCGCCGAUGGACAGAUGUCGUGCCGUCAGAUUGGCUAUCAAGUGCAUGCAGCACUUGGAGGAGUUCCAGCCCAAGUCCCAUAACAGGUGCAAGAAGGAUCCGAUGAGCGCCUCCGUCAUUGGAAUCAAGGGCGCCAGCGUCGUCUUCAGCCCCGUCCUCGACCUUGAGGAUGACGAAACAGACUGGAAGAACCGCCGCCCCAAAGACGCCCACUGGGCGCACAUGAUGGAGAUCGUCAACAUGCUCUCCGGCAGACCGUCUCACCACAAGCCAGAGCAGUCCCUCACGGGGCUCAAGGCUAAGGACGUCAAGAGAGGCCUCGAGGCUUGA